UGUUUUACUUGCCCAUUGCAACCCCCACCUCUCUCUAGAUCUCUGAUCUCUUUCUCACACACCCUAAACACAUACUCACAGAUGAUCAUGUUUAAGAUGAAGAACUUGUUUAACAAUAGCAACAGUAGUGGUUCUCGGUUGAGCUUAAUCUUGGCUCUUCUUGUAUUAGCAAUAUCAUUGUACCAUCAAGUAGGAGAAUCAUGCGAGCAGAACUCAUCUCUGUCAUCGUCAUUGUCAUCAUUUAACCUUAACGACGAAAAAGGGAGAGGUGGUUUUGUUAGAACAAGGGGAACCCGUUUUGUGAUGAAUGGUAAACCACUGUACCUAAAUGGUUUCAAUGCCUAUUGGUUAAUGUACAUGGCAUCUGAGCCAUCAUCAGAUAAAGGGAAAGUGACAACCACGCUUGAGGAAGCCUCAAGGUUAAGAAUGAACGUAGUCAGAACUUGGGCUUUCAGUGAUGGUACUUCUUACAAGCCUUUACAGUCUUCUCCUGGUUUCUAUAAUGAGGAGAUGUUCAAGGGUUUGGAUUUCGUGAUCUCUGAAGCUAAAAGAAAUGGAAUAUAUUUGAUACUGAGCUUAUCAAACAACUAUGAGAAUUAUGGUGGCAAAAAGCAGUAUGUUCAGUGGGCAAGAGACCAAGGACAGUACUUGCAAUCUGAUGAUGAUUUUUAUACUAACCCUCUGACCAAAGCCUUCUACAAGAACAAUAUCAAGAAAGUGCUCACGAGAAUCAACUCGAUUACGGGAGUGGCGUACAAAGAUGAUCCCACCAUUUUUGCAUGGGAACUCAUGAAUGAACCUCGCUGCCAAUCCGACCUAUCCGGGAAGACAAUUCAGGAUUGGAUUACAGAGAUGGCUAGACAUGUGAAAUCAAUAGAUUCAAACCACCUCCUAGAAAUCGGAAUGGAAGGAUAUUACGGCGAAUCGGUUCCUGACAGGAAGCAAUAUAACCCUGGUUACCAAGUUGGUACGGAUUUCAUCUCCAACAAUCAGAUCCCUGAAGUAGAUUUCACCACAAUUCACCUCUACCCAGAUCAAUGGUUACCUGGCUCAAGUGACCAAGCCCAAUUAGAUUUCGUUGACAAGUGGGUGCAAGCUCAUAUUCAGGACUCCAACUCAGCUGCAAUUGGGAAACCAUUGUUGUUGGCUGAAUUUGGAAAAUCGAGCAGGACAUCAGGAUAUAAUGUUGGCCAAAGGGAUGCCUACUUUGCGAGACUAUACAACACCAUCUAUGCAUGUGCUAGGAGUGGUGGCCCCUGCGGCGGUGGUGCUUUUUGGCAACUGAUGGCCCAAGGCAUGGAUAGCUUCAAAGAUGGAUAUGAAGUAAUUUUGGCUGAAUGCCCAUCAACAGCUGCACUUAUAAGUCAACAAUCUCGUAAACUAUCAACUAUCUCUUGAUAAGCUAAAAUGCACACUGAUUAAAUCACUGAGGGAUUAGUCAAACAGGUUAAUUAGCAGGAAAGUUUUAUUUUGCUUUGGUAUGUUGUACUAGCUAGUAGUAGUACUAGUUGUAUUCGGAUAAAUAAAAUUUAAUAUGGAGCGAACAGUAGUGCGUUCGCAGUUCGACCAA